AUGACAUCGACAGAACGUGCGACCGUCGACGCCACCGACGCCACCGACGCCACCAACGCCACCACGACCACCACCACGACCACCACCACGACCACCAUCGCCGCCACCGCCACGACCGUCAACAUCAUCGUUGUCCUUGUUGCUGCCAACCACCCGUUCCUGUUCCUGGUGACGAGCUGCGCGCUCCGCUCGAGGGCCGCCGCCUUCCCCGACUGGACCGACUGCCCGGCAGUCUGCCGCUGCAAAUGGACCUCGGGCAAGAAGUCGGCCCUCUGCCCCGAUGCGGGCCUCACCACGCUGCCCGCGAGCCUCGACCCGGACAUGCAGGUUCUCGAUCUCUCGGGCAACCGCAUCCCCACCCUCGAGGCCGAGACCUUCAAGCACGCGGACCUCCUCAACUUGCAGCGCGUAUUCAUGCGGAACGCGGGUAUAAGGGACAUAGAUGGAGACGCAUUCAAGGACAUGCGGAUCCUCGUGGAGAUCGACCUCUCGGACAACCACCUGCGCAAUCUCGUGGCCCACACCUUCACCGGCAACGAGAGGCUCAAGAUGCUUGUUCUCAGCGGCAAUCCUCUGGUGACGCUCAGGGCUAAUCAGUUCCCGGUGCUCCAGCACCUGCGUAACCUCGAAUUACGUCGCUGCUCGCUCGUGCAGGUGCACCCUCAGGCAUUCCAGAGGCUGCUCGCGCUGGAAACACUCAGCCUCGACAACAACGAGCUCGAGUACCUCGAGACGGAGACGGUCGUGGGCCUGAAGCGACUCAAGACCCUCGGCCUCGACAACAAUCCCUGGAGCUGCGACUGCCGGCUCCGAGACUUUUGCCGGCUAAUGACGAGCAGCGCCCUGAGUCGGCUCUACUCGGUGCCCCAGACGUGCGUGCAACCACCGAGGCUCCAAGGCCGAGCCUGGAACGACGUCCGGUCCACGGAGUUCGCUUGCGAGCCAACGGUCCAGCUGCCCCUGAGCAGCCUCCAGGAGGAGAUGAGCGGCAACGUGAGUCUGGCGUGCCUCGCGAGCGGUGACCCCGAACCCGAGGUCUGGUGGCAAUUCAACGGCGAGCCCCUAAACGUCACGAGGCGCGCCCCCGACGAUCUCCUACCACCAGGUGGGCUCGUGACGUAUUCGACAUCCCUGGAGGCUCGUCGACGACUGCUGGAACGAUGGAGCAACCUGACGAUUUAUAACGCGAGCGACACCGACGCCGGGGAAUACACGUGUCAUGCGCGCAACGUCGCCGGCACUGCACACGGUAGCAUUUCCGUCAACAUACCCCGGGUCUUCACCGCGCCGACCCUCUCCAAGACCGACCACUGGCUCCUCUGGCUGAGCCUCCUCGGUGGCGGUGCCGUCGCCCUCUGCGUAUCCGUCUCCGCGGUCCUCCUCGCGAUCUGCCUCUGCGGUAGCGCGAAGAGGCGCAAUCGCAGUGCCAAGGUCAAGCUCCAGGUGAGCACGAGCUUCGGCGAUCAGGAGAAGAAGCUGCUCGACCUCUCCAUGACGACGACGGCGACGAGCGGUGCCAGGGGCCAGCAGCGGGUUCAGCAGCCGAACCGGACAGACGCUUCGGGCCCAAGAGUCCAGCCGCAGUCGGAACUCGAGCUGGAGCCACGGCUGCGGCCCUCGCAGGCGAGCGUCACCGUCGAGCGGCUCAGUCUCCAGCCUGAGCCGAGCCUCCUACGCCCUGGCCGCUGCCUCAGCCCGGUCCUCCCGGCCAACAUCUUCAUCGCGGUCUCGCUCGCCUCCCAUGAGCAAGUCCCAACCGCCGAGAUCCACGAGCGCUGCUAUCCGGACCUCCUCGACAUCGGGCUCUCGAGUUUCUCGACCCUACCACGAUGCACUGCCGGUCGCCGGGAGCUCGGCUCUCCCUACGACAACAUGGGGCCCCGAGUCACAGCAACCGGCAGCUCCACCUUCUCGCUCGUCGAGCACCCGGAGUCUCAACCAAAGUCCCAGCAGCAGCAGCAGCAGCAGCAUUACCACCAUCUGGCCACCAGCCAACAACAGUCACAACAGCAGCAGCAUUGCCAACAAAGACAACUGGGCAUCUUUGCCCCCCUUAUUCAACCACCACCCGAGUUCGUCUCGCUCUAA